AUGCGCAGUGGACAGGGCCGGCUCCCGGCGCAAGAAGGAAGCGUUCGCCGUGAUCCCAGCGGCUGCGCCGGGGUAUGCGGUACCGGCUGGCGUGGCUGCUGCACCCUGCGCUGCCCUGCGCCUUCCGCUCGGUCCUCGCUGCCCGCCUGUUGCCCUCGGAGCGCCUCUGCGGUUUCCAAAAAAAGACAUAUAGCAAAAUGAGUAAUCCAGCUAUCAAGAGAAUAGGAAAUCACAUUAUCAAAUCUCCUGAAGACAAGCGAGAAUACCGUGGGCUGGAGCUGGCCAAUGGAAUCAAAGUGCUUCUCAUCAGUGACCCCACCACGGAUAAGUCCUCGGCUGCGCUUGAUGUACAUAUAGGUUCAUUGUCAGAUCCUCCAAAUGUUGCUGGCCUAAGUCAUUUUUGUGAACAUAUGCUGUUUUUGGGAACGGAGAAAUACCCGAAAGAAAAUGAAUACAGCCAGUUUCUCAGUGAGCAUGCAGGAAGUUCCAAUGCCUUUACUAGCGGAGAACAUACCAAUUACUACUUUGAUGUGUCCCAUGAACACCUUGAAGGCGCGCUAGACAGGUUUGCACAGUUUUUCCUGUGCCCCUUGUUCGAUGAAAGCUGCAAAGACAGAGAAGUGAAUGCCGUCGAUUCGGAACAUGAGAAGAACGUGAUGAAUGAUGCCUGGAGACUCUUCCAGCUGGAGAAGGCCACCGGGAACCCCAGACACCCUUUCAGCAAGUUUGGGACAGGUAACAAAUAUACCCUAGAGAUUCGACCAAACCAAGAAGGCAUUGACGUAAGAGAAGAGCUGCUGAAGUUCCAUUCGACUUACUAUUCAUCCAACUUGAUGGCUAUUUGUGUUUUAGGUCGAGAAUCUUUAGAUGAAUUGACUGAUUUAGUGGUAAAGUUGUUUUCUGAAGUAGAAAACAAAAAUGUCCCAUUGCCAGAAUUUCCUGAACACCCUUUCCAAGAAGAACAUCUUAAACAACUUUACAAAGUAGUUCCUAUUAAGGAUAUUAGGAACCUUUAUGUAACAUUCCCCAUCCCUGACCUUCAGCAAUACUACAAAUCAAAUCCUGGGCAUUAUCUUGGUCAUCUCAUUGGCCACGAAGGUCCUGGCAGUCUACUAUCAGAACUAAAAUCAAAGGGCUGGGUAAAUACUCUUGUUGGUGGGCAAAAGGAAGGAGCACGAGGUUUUAUGUUUUUCAUCAUUAAUGUGGACUUGACUGAGGAAGGAUUAUUGCAUGUUGAAGAUAUAAUUUUGCACAUGUUUCAAUACAUUCAGAAGUUACGUGCAGAAGGACCUCAAGAAUGGGUUUUCCAAGAGUGCAAGGACUUGAAUGCUGUUGCCUUUAGGUUUAAAGAUAAAGAGAGGCCACGAGACUAUACAUCUAAGAUUGCAGGGAUAUUGCAUUAUUAUCCUCUAGAAGAAGUACUCACGGCUGCAUAUUUGUUGGAAGAAUUUAGACCUGACUUAAUAGAGAUGGUUCUGGAUAAACUCAGACCAGAAAAUGUCCGGGUUGCAAUAGUGUCCAAAUCUUUUGAAGGAAAAACUGAUCGCACCGAAGAGUGGUACGGAACUCAGUACAAACAAGAAGCUAUACCAGAUGAAGUCAUUAAGAAAUGGCAAAAUGCUGACCUAAAUGGAAAAUUCAAGCUGCCAACAAAGAAUGAAUUUAUUCCUACAAAUUUUGAGAUUUUACCUUUAGAAAAAGAGGCAACCCCAUAUCCUGCUCUUAUAAAGGAUACAGCUAUGAGCAAGCUCUGGUUCAAACAAGAUGACAAGUUUUUCUUGCCAAAGGCUUGUCUCAACUUUGAAUUUUUCAGCCCAUUUGCUUAUGUGGACCCCUUGCACUGUAACAUGGCUUAUUUGUACCUUGAGCUCCUCAAAGACUCGCUCAACGAGUAUGCAUAUGCAGCAGAACUAGCAGGCUUGAGCUAUGACCUCCAAAAUACCAUCUAUGGGAUGUAUCUCUCAGUGAAGGGUUAUAAUGACAAGCAGCCGAUUUUGCUAAAGAAGAUUACUGAGAAAAUGGCUACCUUUGAGAUCGAUGAAAAGAGAUUUGAAAUUAUCAAAGAGGCAUAUAUGCGAUCUCUUAACAAUUUCCGGGCUGAACAGCCUCACCAGCAUGCCAUGUACUACCUCCGUUUGUUGAUGACUGAAGUGGCUUGGACUAAAGAUGAGUUAAAAGAGGCCCUGGAUGAUGUCACCCUUCCCCGUCUUAAGGCCUUCAUCCCUCAGCUCCUGUCACGACUGCACAUUGAGGCCCUUCUCCAUGGAAACAUAACAAAGCAGGCUGCAUUAAGUAUUAUGCAAAUGGUUGAAGACACGCUUAUUGAACAUGCUCAUACCAAACCUCUCCUUCCAAGUCAGCUGGUUCGCUAUAGAGAAGUUCAACUCCCUGACAGAGGAUGGUUUGUUUAUCAGCAGAGGAAUGAAGUUCACAAUAACUGUGGCAUCGAGAUAUACUACCAAACAGACAUGCAGAGCACCUCAGAGAACAUGUUUCUAGAGCUCUUCUGUCAGAUCAUCUCUGAGCCUUGCUUCAACACCCUGCGUACCAAGGAGCAGCUGGGGUAUAUCGUCUUCAGUGGCCCGCGUCGAGCCAACGGCAUCCAGGGCCUGCGGUUCAUCAUGCAGUCCGAGAAGCCUCCUCACUACUUGGAAAGCAGAGUGGAAGCUUUUCUAAUGACCAUGGAAAAAUCCAUAGAGGACAUGACGGAGGAGGCUUUCCAGAAACACAUUCAAGCAUUAGCAAUUCGUCGACUAGACAAACCAAAGAAACUGUCCGCAGAGUGUGCUAAAUACUGGGGAGAAAUAAUUUCCCAACAAUACAAUUUUGAUAGAGAUAAUAUAGAAGUUGCGUAUUUAAAGACACUUACCAAGGAUGAUAUCAUCAAAUUUUAUAAGGAAAUGUUGGCACUUGACGCUCCAAGGAGACACAAGGUAUCCGUCCACGUUCUUGCCAGGGAAAUGGAUUCUUGCCCUGUUGUUGGAGAGUUCCCAUGUCUAAAUGAUAUAAAUUUGUCACAAGCACCAGCCUUGCCACAACCUGAAGUGAUUCAGAACAUGACUGAGUUCAAGCGCGGUUUGCCCCUGUUCCCCCUGGUGAAGCCACAUAUUAACUUCAUGGCUGCCAAGCUCUGAAGACUUCCCGCAGCUGGGAAGAUGCACGUGGAGGCGUUCCUGAGUCUUCCGGGGCCUAGGGGAGCCGUCUGGGUUCCUUGAGGAGUUUCUGAUUCACUUGUAGAAAGACAGAUAAAAAGGAAUUGUCAAAUGUCAUUAUGUAGAAAUAUUAAAAAUCCAAAAUAAAUUACAGAAUCUUAUAGAUGUAGAAUAUUUUUUAAACACAUGCCUCUUAAAUAUUUUAAAUUUUUUCUUUUUACAUCUAAGAAAUUUCCCUUAUAUAACAGUGCUUAAAAUGACAAAUGAUAUUCCUAUAGAACCUUUCUUCCCUAUUCUGUAAAAUAGUCAAUUGUCCAAAGAAAAUUAAAUUUAGGUUUUUUUUUUUUUUUCUUAAAGCCUGCUUAAGUUAACAAGAGUUCAAGACAUUUAAAAAGGCAAUACCUUUUUAAACAACUUAGCCCAAAUUUACUUUCUACCUGUGAUAGUUUGGUGUUAAUGGAGAACUUUACAUUUGACAUAAAAUGAACAGAGUAACAUAAUUUUCUUUUGUUAGUAAAAUUGCUGGUUAUAUAAGGCAUGGUUUUAAUCUUUUUAUAAGGUUUGAACAUGUUUUUUAUUCCAACUAGUAAAGCUGCUGGAAAAACACUGGAGCGCCCUGGCUCAUUUACAGUGCUAGAAGUACAGAUGUACUUAACAUCAGUUCUGUCCCAAACUGAAUUUCUCAGGAUUCCUGUGGUUUCUUUCCUUCUGACUGAAUCGUAUCCAUGUUCGUGUUGCCCAUAGUUGGUUUGCAGUGUUUCAUCAGUUUGACUUUUUCUGAUCAACAUGUUGUAUUUAUUUAAUGAGUACAGAUAGGGUCGAAUCGAGAUCCUGCUGAGUGUGUGACGUGCUUCUCCAACAUCAGCUACUGUAACCUCAGUCAGUAUGUGAACCAGAAUAUUUUCAUCCACGAUGAUGAAUUUAAAAGGCAACAACUAUAAAGCCACCUUUUUGGAGAUAAUGAAGAGUUAAUCUUACAUUGUUAAAUAGCAAGUCUCUUUAAGACUCCGAAGUCCCUCAUUGCUACCAGUCCAAUCUUGCCUUAAGUGUUGUUUUUUUUUUUAAUAUAUAAGUAUCAACAUACAAUCAGAUGGUAACUAGAGUGGACUUUUUAAAAAAAUAUUUUUUUCAUAGAUGCUAUUUUAGGUGAAAUUAUUAACUUCAUUAUUUUGAAAAUAUCUACUAUUAUAUUAAAAUUGCUUCAGGAGAAAUUGUGAAUAUAUUUCCUCAUGGGGGCACGAGUAACAGUAAAUGACCCUGUCAUCCACUAACUCAGGCAGUGGCAUUUUCACGUGGCUUGUUUGCCGGUUCUUUUUGCGGAGUCCUGUCUUUUCACAUCUUCAGUUUUUAUAACUACCGUUUUCCAAACAGUCUCAAUUUGGGGCAAGAAUGAUACGGUCACACUACGGGCCUGCUUUGAAAAGCAGGGCUCCACUCCUGCGGUCAGAUCCGUGUGGUGCUGUAACUGUCUUUCUACCCUUAACCUUCAAGGGCCGCCUUGGACGAAGCCCGUCUGUGUCCAUCAGAGGGAGUGUAACUUCAUCACUUCCUUCUGCUUUUAUGCAUUUAUACACUAUGCAGCUCUUCAUCAAACUGCAGAGACAUACCAGGUGGCACAAAAAUUAGUCCUGAAGGGUAAAGAAAAAUCCACUUUUUCUGUGGAAAAUUAUGUGCUGUAGAGGAACUUCUAACUCUUUUUUUUUUUUUUUUUUCCUAAUGACUGAAAUUUCAAAGAAAGGCACAUGAAGCAGGUUAGAAAAACACUUGGUCUAGUCUUCCACAAACCUGCAAUGGCUGUUGAGUUGCUCGGGCAUUUCUCAGUUUCCAAGCUGAUCUCGAGCUGCCGCGGCAUCUCUCAGGCAUCUCCUAACGGAGUCUCUCAAAUGAGUCCAAGCUGCAUCGCUGAGCAAUAACACGCCACCCCAGACACUGCUGCUCAACUCGAGGCUCAGCAAACAAGAUGUGUGCAACACAUGAGUUCCUGGUUGCCUGGGACCUUUUUUUAAAUUUGUUUGUUUUGCUUUAAAUUUUAAAAAACCCUCUUUCUGGCCAGCUGGUGUGAUGGAGAAAGCAUGUGGCACAGCCAGUGUGGAGUGCUAGGGUUACCCUGUUUACAAUAAACCACCUGCAUUUAA